AUGGCAACAUGGCUGGCCAAAGGCCUUGCAAUUGAAGAAGCUCAGGUCACAUUGCAAGUGGAUGAUGGUAAACGCACCUCACCUGGCUCUGAGGAUCAAGACGAGACAAGACUUGAUGUGGAGGAUUUAGAAGCUGAAUCGAGCGAUAAUGAGGAUAGCCUUGGCGUAGCCCUAUCGCAAGAGAGAAAGAAAACUCUUGCAAAGCUAUUCAAAGACCACAAACAGCUGAUUGGAUCCAGGAACCGCAAUCACAUUGUCCCUCGCGCAACUGGAACUCACCUGGAACUGGAGAUAGAAAUUCCACACAAUUGCGAUAAUACAGAUGACUCGCAACGCUCUGUUGCCGCAUCAGCACCUCGUAGAAAAGUAAAAAACUGGAAUCUUGGAAGCAACAAACGAUUUCCACGUCCUAUUGCACCACUUCCUCUGGUUGCGUAUUCAGGUAGAAGGUGGCUUCACGAUGAUCCCACAUUCGAUGAGUAUUGGGAUGGACCUACUAUUGAGAUGUUGAAAGCACAGAGGGACAUAAAUCCGACAACAACAUUCCAGGCUGGGGCAAUCCAGCUCUCUUCUGCUUGGGUGGAUUGGGUCGAUCAUGGAUAUCGCAUCACACCUAGCUCAUUUCAUAUAUUCUAUCAAUGCGACCCCAUAGCAACCAUGGACCACAUCAUGCCUAUUGGAACGACAAACUCCUAUGAUGCUUCAAAUCAAAUUCCAGAUCGAGUGACAGGUGCAUACAGCCUUGCACGUCUCGGACCAUCUCAAGACACACAGCACACGCAUGUUACAGAUGUGAAAAUCCUCUCUGCUUCUGAACUAAUAGAAUCUGCGCAAUAUGAUCCCCCCCUGUACAAGGAAUGCAGGUUCGGACAUAAUUCCUUUGUCCGUGGCCGCACAAGCCAUAGAUAUGGUGAUGGACCUGCAAUGUAUGUCGACCUUGAAAGAGAUGCAAUAAAGUUUUCGGAGGAUGAGAUAGAGACCUCACUGGACAUCGACAGUAUCAUUUGGACGACAAAGGUUUUCCGAUGCAGAGGGUCUGUAGGGAUUUAUGUCACUCCGCCAUUUCAAACCAAGCCUGGUAUUUUCAAGCACAACCAUGCAUACGUCGACAUAACAAUUCCCCAGUCUGAAGAAGAUGCUAAUACUCCUGGUGGGCGAACGGAAUGGCUAUCAAAAAGAUUUCCCAUGUCUGCGAUCCCUCACACCUGCAUUGGGCGCAUAUCCUCUGCUUCCUCGACGCUCAAUCUUUAUAUUGCCUUCCCGAGAAUGAUACACCAACACCCUGUGAACGGUCGUAGAAUAACGUUGAUGCCAAAGGAGGUCUUGGAUAUAUUUUGGGAUCGAGUGCUGCUGCCAUCUAUAGGAGACUCCACCGAUGUUAGCUGGGCACCUUACCUCAAGCACACGUUGGAAGAGGCGAGAUACAAGGCAAGAGGUAGAGAUGGACGCAAAGGUGGAUGGGGAACUCCUAAGACGAUACCACUCUCCGAUGACGACUUUAGAGAUGUGCAGGACCGUAUGGAAGCUCGCAUACAAGAUGGAGAGGGAGAGCUCAGCAUGUAUGGGUCAUCAUUCUUCAUUCUAGAGGGAAAGGGAAUCAAGCUUCUCACAAAGGAUGGACAGAGGGGGCGUUUCACAGGACCAGAAGAGGCUCUGCUUCACAACCUUCCCGACCUCAACUGGCAAUAUAUGAUGAACAGGAGAAAUGGAGAGUUGCUGGUAGACAUCGGCAUCUCAUUUACGCCCCACUCUCCAGAGGUUCCAGUCGUUGGUUUAUGGAGAUUAGAUGCAUUAGAGGCAUCAUUUGGCGCAGGUGGCUACAAGCGUGGUGAGAUGCAUCACCACAACAUGCUCUCCAGAUAUGGCGCACUUCAGGCAGAGAUGCAACAGGAGAGAUCUCAGCAGACGCACAUUGCAUUCAGGAGCACCUACAACCUAUACUAUGAGUCCAUCCGAACGAACAACAACCAAGUCAACUUUGCUUCAGACAGCGAUGCAUACAAAAUAUCUCCAUCAUACAUGGCUGAAUGCUUUGAUGUCAUGAAGGUGGUCGACGGAUGCAAGGAGAAGACCUAUGGUGUCAGAGAUGAGUAUCGGGUCAGUGGCCAUGCAGCUAGAAUAAUGCUAGAAAAUAUCCAAAGCAAGGCUAUCGAAUAUUUGCAAUCUGAUCCCAUACUAUGGAUCCCAUCCAAGAUCUGGUUUGAGCUCAUCAGACGAAGAAUGCGGGAGAUUCAGAGGACACAAAUCACAAUUGUGAAGAAGAAUCCUCCAAACCUUGGAAUUCUGACUGGCGUGCUGAACCACAUGCUGCGCUCGACUACAUCAACCCCUAUCAUCUAUGACUUCCACAUCCGCGAAUCCCUUGCUCUUCUGGAAUAUAGAAAUGUUCUCGAGACUGCAGGGAUGUUUUUUGUCCAAGAUUUCGAUCUCAGCAGUGAUACAUGCUUGGAGGAGGUGCAGCAAAUCGACGACGUCCAUGUGCUAGCCCUCAUGGGUGUAAAUGCAAAAGUUCAAAGAGAUAGAGCGGUUGCAAGGAUGGUCGCAUGGCAGAGCUCCGAAUCAGAGCUGGAGGAUUACCCCCUUGGUCGGACGCCAACAUGGGCACGACUCAAGGCUGCCAUUUCCAGUUCACCUGCACUUAUCAUGCGGGAGUGGACAUUCUCUUCCAGGUUUUCUAAUAUUCAACUCUCUGUUGAACGUUUGGUCAUCAUGUUCACAAGGCAGAUGUGGCUGAUGCUGACCACUGAAGUCAUAAAAGGAAUCAGACCCUACCCUAAUUCACUUCGGGAGGCAAUGAAGUGCUGGACGAUCACUAGCAUUGAUGACACACUUGCUGCAGUCACUUUCGAAGCAUGCAACGCUGGGCUGCAAGACAAUACUGGUGUAACCCCAGGUCGUAUGGGUCCCAAGUCAAGAAAAUUUGCGGACAGGUGCUCAUUAUUCUUUCCAAACCCUGAUGCUGCACAUAAAAGCAACCCGCAGUGGUCUGUACUAUGGGAGCAAGAUGGAUAUAUCGCAGAGUUUCAUAGGAUGAUGAAGACUAUGGAGGAGGGCCAGCGGUCUUCGUUGAAGCAAGGUUUAUGCGAGGUAUUUUCCGACCUGCAUUGUCUUCCUGCAAGUGGCGCAAGAGUAUGGACGCAAAAGAAUGAUUCCAUCAUUUUCAUCACAAAUCCAUCAUUUUAUAGGAUCGACUGUGUUGGAAGGGGAGGGGAUAGUCAAAGGAAGGCACCAAGGGCUCGUCGUACCAUGAAGAUUAUCAAGGGAAAACGUAUCUUUGCAGCUGACCUCAUCGACUCACAACCAUUUGAUGCUGAUGGGAAUAUUAGAAGGAAGACAGAGAGGCAAAAGCGUCGGGAUAUUCACAAAAAGAUUACCAUGGCCAAGAGAAACAAUAGAGUACCUCCUCCACCACAUACUCGCAAGUCCAGGCCAUUUCCAAUGGGUGAAUUAGGCCCUGAGGCACGAAAUGAUAACAUGGAUGUAGAUUAG